GCAUGUACUACUGGUGAUCGGCUGAGUUUGGUUAAACUCUUUCAUGGCUUCAUUCUUUUAUGCAUGAGCACGCGUAUGGGAUCUGCAGCACUCUCCAGCGCUAGUCUUGGAAAUGAAACCGAUUGCAUGGCGCUACUCGACUUCAAGAAAAGCAUCACUCAAGAUCCUCUCCAUGUCAUUAGCUCAUGGAAUGAUUCCGUCCAUUUCUGCGGUAGGGUAGGCGUUAUGUGCACCCAUUACACCAAAAGAGUCUUGAUGUUGAACCUUCAAGAUGAAAAAUUGGCAGGCUCUUUACCUCCUUCUAUAGGGAAUAUUUCCUAUCUUACUAGAAUCAACCUAGUAAGCAACAGCUUUCGUGGUGAAAUUGUAGGAACUAUACAUGGUUAGUCUUCAACAAGGAUCACAAACAACAAUUUACAUAUAACAUUACAAGAGUUGGCAUUAAAAAAAAAUUGACCAUACCUGAGAACCCAUCUGCCCAACAACAAAGACAGCAGCAACACCAUCUGAAAAACCUGGUGCAGGCUGUGUUUACUGGUAAUACAUAAGAAUUCUUCUACUUGUUUAAGACCUUAUGUUCCAAAGGUGAUAGAACCCUUAAUCUCAGAACGAUACUUCACAAGUAGGGAAUUGGAUUAUAUAUAUACACAGAUUUCAUCUGAUUUCCAUCUAUCGUGGAAAUCAGUUACUGCAGUUGUUGGUGUUAACCCAAGUCAAUUUGCCGUUUCAUCCACUCCAUGAUUUGAUGCUCCACAUGCAGUGCACUGUGCUUUACAGAUUGGAAUAUGAUUCCCACGUUAAGGAUGUAAUGAUUAUGCAUAGUGGACAGCAAGGCCACUGCAUGUGUAUACUGACUGAUGAUUCAUAGACAGCAAGGAUGCAACUUCCAGUUGUUUUGUUUAUUUGCAUGCGUGUGUAGUAAUCUAUGAAUAAAACUCUGCUGCAAUUGCAGCAGAUGAUGAUUAAAAGAAAGAUAGUUUUAUAUAUACUUAUAAUGUUAGUCAAGUCCAAUUAGGUAUCCAACAGAAAUUCCUGAAGAAAUUGGUCGUCUGCAAAGCUUGCACAUUCUCAACUUGCCUCACAGUUCCUUCAGCGGGAAAAUUCCAACCAAUUUGUCCCAGUGCAAACAAUUGUGUGAUACUGUGACGACAAUCCUUAUCUAGAAAACAAUUAGCAACCUAGAAUUCACUAGGAAGAACGAGAGAGUAAACUCACGUUCGAUUGAUAAUAAGCAUCAAUCCUUACACCAAUAAGAUGUAUUUAUAUGUUCAAAACAUAAAACCAAACCCUAAUGUUCAAAUAGGAAAUAAAACAAACAAUUAACAAAAUUCUAAAAGUAUCCCUAAAACUUAAAACACUGUUUUGGAAUAGUAAACGAUGGAUUUUUGCAAAAAUUGCAUUGUUCUCUUCAAAACGACAUAUUAUAGGCUCUACUACAAUAUUGAUGACGAGACUUGCAUUUUGCCAGCCUUACAAUCAGUUGUGCAUCUUCCGAGCUACUCUUCAAUGAUUGAGUUUAAGUUCGAACGUAAGUUAUCAUUUCAAAGCUUAUUGGUAAUUAAUCCAUAUUUGAUCGCCAAUAAUCUUUUACAAAUUUGAUUGUCGCUUUUCCAUGGCCCUUGCUAGUUUUUGGCAGAUUAGCAGCUAGAGACUAGAGUACCUGAGAUAUAACAAUGCUUAAAUGUUUGUAAACCACUUGGGGAUCACUGAUGAGAUUUAACUAAUAAAGUAAUUAGUGCUUUAAUCGUUGAAGGGCAUUUUAAAAAAAAAUUAUAUUUCUAAAGUUAACAGAUAAUUGUGGAUGUCUACGUUAAAUUCACACUCCAGCAAUUGGCAAAGGAAGAAAAGUGUGCCAUGCUAAGGUAUGAAUUGAGUGGUAGGCCCUGCUGGUAUAGAAAAUAAGUAUGAGUCCAAAUUAACAAACAUCUUGAAUGUGAGAACAAUUAGCCAUCGACAGAUGUGGAUUGAGGGGAUGUUUGGAACUGUUUUUGGAAGACUAAUAACAUUUUAUGACAAUUAGAAGCGUUUCUGAUUAAAUAAAAUACAUUUGACUCAUAGAAAUACUUCGUAAAAAGGUGCUUGUUCAAGAAAUGCUUCGAAGUAAAUUAUAAAAGCAAUUGAAUUUAAAUAAAUAAAAAAUUGAACUUUUUCUAAUGAAAGUACUUUUAGUAAAAGUCUUUGUGAGUAGAAGUGUUUCUUACAAAAACAAUCCUGAAAGGAAAAACUUAUGAGUAACGGGGACACUGCUUCCAACAUCCCUAAAAGGUGCAUUUGGAACUUGUAAGUCCAAAAUGCUUCAAGUUCUACUUUUCCCUGUACUUUUCUUUUGGGUCAUUUGAACAAGGACAAAACUGAGGCUCAAUGAACACGUAAAUCUUAGUUAAGUCUUCAUCAAGCAACAAUCACUCGUUGAUUCCAGAGAGGUAGGGUCUGUAAUUAUGCCCAAUUGCACUGCGAGGACAAAGACCUAGGAGCUGCAGACUAUUUUCGGUCUCCUCACAAUCACUGGCUAUAAUUCAAUCAAGAUUAUGUUCUAUGUGAUAAGAUAUAUCGUGUAUUUGUGUUUCGUAUGCAUUCCUGUAAACGAAGCUUGAUUUCUAAUUUCACAGCCAAAAGAGAGGAAAAAACAGAGUUCAUUAUUUGCCAUCUGUAUUUUGGUGAGGAUGGAGCAUGCACGUACUACUGGAGGCAGGCUGAGUUUGGUUAAACUCUUUCAUGGCUUCAUACUUCUAUGCGUGAGCACGCGUAUGGGAUCUGCAGCACUCUCGAGCACUAGUCUUGGAAAUGAAACCGAUCGCAUGGCGCUACUCAUCUUCAAGAAAAGCAUCACUCAAGAUCCUCUCCAUGUCAUGAACUCAUGGAAUGAAUCCGUCCAUUUCUGCGGUUGGGUAGGCGUUACGUGCAACCAUUACACCAAAAGAGUCUUCAUGUUGAACCUGCAAGAUAAAAAAUUGACAGGCACUUUACCUCCUUCUAUAGGAAAUCUUUCCUAUCUUACUAGAAUCAACCUAGGAAGCAACAGCUUUCGUGGUGAGAUUCCUCAAGAAAUUGGUCGUCUGCAAAGCUUGCACUUUCUCAACUUGUCUCACAAUUCCUUCAGUGGGAAAAUGCCAACCAAUUUAUCCCAGUGUACACAACUAAAGACGAUUGAGUUUCGUUACAAUGAGCUUAUUGGGUCAAUUCCAAACCAACUCAGUUCCUUGUUGAAAUUAAAUCAUAUGGGGUUUGGUAAUAACAAUCUCACUGGAAUCAUCCCGACUUGGAUAGGAAACUUUUCUUCUCUGCAUCACUUUGAUCUUAGCUAUAACAACUUGCGAGGAAGCAUACCCAAUGAGCUCGGGCGGCUAACAAGAUUGCGAAGAUUCACACUUCAAGAAGACAAUCUCUCUGGUAUAAUCCCUGCUUCAAUCUAUAAUAUUUCUUCCAUAUCCUUGUUUGGUGUUAUUCUAAACCAACUGCAUGGAGAGCUACCGCCAAAUGUCGGCACUACUCUUCCUAAUCUCCAAAAAUUUGUCGGUGGCGGCAACAAAUUCACAGGAAAUAUUCCCGCAUCAUUGGCAAAUGCUUCUAGACUACAAGUUUUUGACUUUGCUAAAAAUGACCUUACUGGAACAAUUCCUGCUAAUCUUGGAUCCUUACGAAGCUUAGUUAGGCUAGGCCUUAAUAGCAAUAGGCUGGGAAGUGGGAAAACUGGCGACCUGAAUUUUCUCAAAUUUUUGGCUAAUUGUACUAGUCUUGAGUGGUUGAAUCUUUACAAAAAUCAAUUUGGAGGAAAAUUGCCCGUAUCCAUUUCCAACCUUUCUACCACACUAAGAAAUCUUUAUCUGGGGGAAAAUUUGAUACAUGGAAGCAUCCCCUUGGGUAUUGAAAAUCUUGUAAAUUUGGCCAAUAUUGAAAUGGAGAAUAAUGAUUUCAGUGGUAGUCUCCCUAAAGAAAUUGGGAAGCUUCAGAAAUUGGAAGACUUAUGUUUGGGCGACAACAAUUUUUCUGGACCAAUCCCAUCAUCUCUAGGUAACUUGACUUUAUUGACAGAACUCUAUCUAUACAACAAUAGAUUUGCUGGAAACAUACCACCAAGUCUAGGAGAUUGCCAACAUCUACUAGCACUUGACCUUUCUGGAAACAAUCUUACAGGCACCAUACCUACAGAGAUUUUUAGGCUUUCAUCCCUUUCAAUUUAUUUGGUAAUGUCAGACAACAAGUUGACAGGUCCAGUGCCAUCUGAAGUUGGUCUUUUGGUAAAUCUAGUAGAGCUAAAUUUAUCAAGAAACAAUUUAUCAGCUGAAAUUCCUCCAAGCAUUGGAAGUUGUAUUAUGUUGGUGCGUUUGUAUUUGGGAGGUAAUGAGUUUCAAGGAAUAAUUCCUCAAUCUCUUAAAAGUUUAAGAAGCCUGGAAGAGAUGGAUCUUUCACGCAAUAACUUAUUCGGGCAUAUUCCUGAAUUUCUAACCAAGUAUAGAUUUCUUAGGCAUCUCAACCUUUCAUAUAACAAUUUUGAGGGUAAAGUGCCUGAAGAAGGAAUCUUUUCAAAUGCAACUGCUCUCUCAAUUCUUGGAAAUCCUAAGCUCUGUGGUGGCAGCUCGAAAUUACAUUUACCUGCUUGCCCCAACAUAAAGCCUCAUUCAUCUCGAGGACUACUUGCCCGAAAAGUAAUCAUCCUAGUAGCUUGUGCACUUGCCUUCAUAAUUGCUAUGUCUUGCUUCAUUGUUGCUUGCUCAAUGCUUAAAAAGCGAAGAGGUAUACCUACAACUUCAUGUUCUUAUAAAGAUUGGAAAUCAGGAGUCUCUUACUCAGAACUUGUUGAAUCAACUAACGGGUUCUCUAGGGAAAAUCUGAUUGGUUCAGGAAGUUUUGGUUCUGUUUACAAAGGAGUAGCCCCCGGUGAUGGAACUCUAGUUGCAGUAAAGGUAUUAAACCUUCAACAACAAGGAGCAUCCAAGAGUUUUAUGGAUGAAUGCAAAGCUUUGAGAAGCAUAAGACACCGUAAUCUUCUCAAGGUCAUAACUGUAUGCUCAAGCAUUGACAAUCAGGGUCAAGAUUUCAAAAGUCUAGUUUUUGAGUACAUGGUGAAUGGAAGCCUAGAUAUGUGGUUGCAUCCGAGACAUGAUGAGCAAUCUCAAAGCAAGAGAUUGAGCCUUAUCCAAAGACUCAAUAUUGCAAUUGAUGUUGCUUUAGCAUUGGAUUAUCUCCACCACCGUUGUGAAACUUCAAUUGUUCAUUGUGAUAUGAAGCCAAGUAAUGUUCUUCUUGACGAAGAUAUGGUAGCUCACGUUGGUGACUUUGGUUUAGCAAGGUUCCUCUUGGAAGAGUCUGAUGAUCCAUCUCAAAGUCAAACCAUGUCAACCGGGUUAAAGGGUUCGAUAGGUUACAUUCCUCCAGAGUAUGGCAUGGGAGGUCAAGUUUCCAUCUUUGGAGAUAUUUAUAGCUUUGGAAUAUUGUUGCUAGAAAUAUUCACAGGAAGAAAACCUACAGAUGACAUGUUCAACGAUGGUCAAAGCAUUCGCCAGUUCGCUACCAUAGCAAUGCCUGACAAUGCCAUGGACAUAGUUGACCCUUCAUUGCUCAUUGAAUGUGGAGAUGUAGAUGGCAGCCGACUUGAAGCAAGAAGGUUGAAGGAAUGCUCAGUUGCAGUCAUUCAAAUUGGACUCUCUUGCUCUGCAAUAUCACCGCCAGAGCGGAUGCUUAUGGAUGUUGUUGUCAACAAAUUGAAGAAAAUUAGAGAAUCAUAUCUCAAUUAAGAGGUACAUGCUAGAAAUAUAAAUGUGAGUCCCGUUCUCGUAGACACUGUUGUACAAGAAAAUUGUGAUUAACCACCUUUCGAUCUUAAUCCAACAAUGGAGGACUUAAGAUCAAAUGGUGGGUGACCACAAUUUUUUUCAACCACAGGAUCUAGGAUAACAGGACUGAUAAAUGUGAGGUUAAGUUUGUUGUAAAAUUAACGUUGUCUCAUGUUUGUGUGCAAGAAAUCAUUUGAAUAAGGAUAUUAUAUGUAUCAAAUUUGUGUGACAUCAUGUAAGGUUGAACUCAGCAUUUCAUAUAGUAGAAUAAGGAAAGAAUGUUUCAUUUGUUAA